GGGAUCCUUAGGAACCUAAAAUCUAUAAGCCAUGAAAAACAUAGGUGUGCAUAGUCUUAUAGUAUUUAUAAUCACUGUUGAAAUGAACCUUGUUUAUUUACUAUUGAAAGUAAACUUUUUUGCAAUACAAUUAUAAGUGAAUAGUAUAUAAAUUUUUUCUUUUACUAACAUUAUUCAUUUCGCUACGAAAGCUAUGUCUAAUGAGGAGCGUCUACGGAAACUUUUAUCAGAUUUAGGAAAAGCAACAUUGCGUGGAGUUCGUAAAUGUCCAAAAUGUGGAACGUAUAAUGGAUCUAGAGGCUUAUGUUGUAAAAAUAAAUAUUGUGAUGCAGUUUUUAAAGAACCUGGUGAAAAAAAAAAACUAUCGACUGAAGCCUGUAAACUUAUCACAGGCACAACUGCUCAAGUCUUCUCUGUUCGGGUACGUGAUAAAGGCCCAGACUAUCGUGGAUUUGUUCAGUUACCAUUAAUAAAUACAACCAUUUUUAAUGAAAUGACUACAAUUAUUUCACAAUCCACUGCAUUGUGUUUUGUUGAUAGUUGUGAAAGAAGUUUUGAUACUAGUGUUCUUAAAUGUCAUGAAAAGAAUUCAUCUGACGUGCCUGUACCUUCGUGUCAACAUAUACAAGCAGCCUUAAGAUGUUAUGCAGAAGCACAGCCAUUAACAUUAAGGAAUUCUAUUUUAUCAUCUUUAAAUGUAAAUAAUGAAAUGAAACAAGAAAUUUGGUUAUUAGCUACAGAAACUUCAGGCCCUUUAGUUCAGCGUGUGUCUAAAAAUAUCAUGGCAGUGAAGUGCAAAGCCUCUCCAAAGCACCCAUUAGGCUACCUACACUUUUCUUUGUUUGUUACUAAAUUAAAAGAUAGAAUUGAACAUCGCUACUUCUGUUCUUGUUCUACUUUUAAAGGAAUAUCAAAAGUAACAGGGGAAAAAAUAGAUGUAGCACAAUCUUCCCAGAAUAAACGUUGUGUACAUUUUUAUGCAUGUAUUUGUGCAUUUGCUAGUGAUACAAAAUUAUCAGAAGAAUUUAGUUAUUAUAUUAAUUUAGAUCAAAACGAUUUAAGUAUACCAAAACCGUUAACAACAGUAUUGCAGAAUAAUGAACAAGAUAGAAUAGUAGGCAUUGAUCUCGAUGGUUUAACUACAGAUGAUACAAAUACACAUCUUUUAAUAUUUCGUGAUGAUACGUUGACAGUGCAAAGUUUAGAUGGAAAUAGAUUAGAUUUGGAUUCCAUGAAUUUGGAUUCUACAAUUUUACCACAUAAUAUUGUGGAAAACCUUGAAGUAGAAUGUCAUCGUACAUUACUAGAAGAUAAUAAUAUAAUAUCACCGGUACAUGGCUUAGAAGUAAUUAAUCAAGGUGAUGUACAAUUUAGUGGAAAUGCAAUUAGAAUAAUAGAUAAUCAAACUAGCAUAGAUUCUAAAUAUAAUAUGCUUAAUAAUAGUCAGUAUAUUUUAAAUGAUAAUAACAUAAAAAUAUUGAAUACUGGAACUCUAAGAAUACUCGAUACAAAUACUAUUUUAGAUGUAAACAAUAUGAAAUUAAUUGAUACCAAUAAUGUAAAAAUGGUAGAUAAAAGUAUUUUAGUACCCUUCGAUACUAGAAAUAUAUCAGUUGUAGAAAGCAAUAGUACACAACAGCCAAUUUCAACAAAACGGAAAAGAAACGAUAAACCAGCAAGUACAAAUAUUAUAAACUUAAAUAAUUUAAAUUCAAUAGAACCGAGGAAAGCUAAAACAAAAUUACAUGUUGUUAAAAAAUAUCAAAAUCCUUGUGAAGGUUUAGAUGAAGCUAAUAUAAACUUACCUUUUAUUAAAUGGCUUGCUUCGAUAACUGAGAGAAUAAAUCAGACUAUGCAUUUUCAAUUUGAUGGAAAACCCGAUCCGCUAGUCUUUCAUGUACCGCAAAUAUUCUUUGAUUGUUUGCGGGAAAGAAUAUCUUGUGGCGGUAAAAAGAAACGUCUACCAAAUUCAACAACAGCAUUUGUUAGAAAAGAUGGUGUACCGUUAGAAAUCACGAGAAGUUUCGUUCAAAAUGCAGAUGGCACGUAUGAAUUGUACAAACGACAAGAAACAGAAAUGGAUCAAUACAAAAAAACUAAUAAUAAUGCAUUGAUUAAGCCUUUAGAAUUAAAAACAUACUUGAAAGUUGGAAAUACUUCACCAAACCAAGUUGAACCAACACCAUUUUUAAUAGAAUGGAUACCAGAUAUUUUACCAAUAUCAAAAAUUGGUGAGCUUAGAAUUAGAUUUGAAUUCGGUCACGUAAAAAAUGAGACAAAUCACAGAUGGAGAAAAAUAGCAUUAUUAAAGAAUUAUUAAAUGAAAAAUGUUAUAAUGUACAUUUCUUUUUACCAAAUUUUCACUUUCUUAUUGUUAUUAUUUAUAUAGGGAAAAACCAAGUCAUUGGAAAAACGAUAAAUGAAUUAAUACAUAACUAAUUUGCACAUUUAGUACAUUUUAAAUAAGGAAUAAUUCAAUGUUUCCACUGGAAAGAUAAUAAAAAGAAUUCUGAAGUAUUAAGAAAAUAAUAUUUAAAUAGAAAAAAAGUAAACAAUUUUUGUUUUAAAGUCGUUUAUAAAUUUUAAUCAUAGAAGAUUUAAGACUGAUCUAAUUUUACAACACCUUUUUGUAAAAAUUAAAUGUAAUAAAUAAUGAAGAAUUUUUUUAACAUAAAUGAUAUGACUCAUGUUAUGAUAAUAAUUAUAUACUAAUUAUAAGUUUAGUAUAUCUAUGGUUCAUUAAAUAAAUUAAUAGUACAGUAUAUUCUUAAAUUAUUCCUAAGUACGGUAUAUUCUUAAACUUUAUUAAAUAAAAAUAAAAAUAUUAAUAUUAUUAUCAGGAAUGUGGUAAUUAUACCAAUGACUACAGUGAUUAUACUACCAGGAUGUGAUAUAUUGUAAAUAUACAAUAGAUUGGAUGUUGUUAUGUAAAAACAUGUUCACGUUAUUUAAUAAACACUUCAAUUUUGUUUUAGGUACUUUAAAAUAAAUUAUACAUUGCAAAUAUUGAUGAUCGAA